AUGUCUGGUUAUGGGCAGAAUUACAUGGGAGGAGGAGGAGGAGGAGGUGGAGGAGGAGGUGGAGGUUUCUCUAACUCCAAUGGCUCGCAAUACGGAGGAGGAGGAGGAGGAGGGAGCAUUCCUCCACCAGGCAAGGAUGAUGAGAGGUGGGUUCCUGACGACGCGACGAUCUCAGUUACGAAGCUGUUUGUCGGUGGAUUGAGCUGGGAUACUGUCGAAGAUGACCUGAGAGAUUAUUUUGGCAAAUAUGGGACAGUUGAAAAUGUGAACCUCAAGACUGACCCUAUGACUGGACGUUCCCGAGGCUUUGCAUUUGUCGUAUUCACUGACCAGUCACCAGUGGAAGCGGUACUAUCAGAACCAGUUCAUACCAUCAAGGGUAAGCAGGUUGACCCAAAGAGAGCCAAGGCCAAAACGGGUAAAAUCUUUGUUGGUGGCAUUCCAUCAGAGGUCUCUGAUGAUGAGAUCAAAGAGUUCUUCUCACAAUUUGGCAAGAUAGUGGAGGUGGAAAUGCCUUUUGACAAGAUGCGGAAUCAGAGGAAGGGCUUCUGUUUUAUCACAUAUGAGACGGAAGAUGUUGUCAGAGAACUUGUCAAAACUCCUAAGCAGUACCUUGGUGGAAAAGAGGUGGAUGUGAAGCGAGCCACACCAAGAGGUGAACAAGGUGCAGGUGGUGGUGGUGGUUUUAACAGCCCCCCAAUGCGUGGAGGACGAGGAGGGGGUUUCAUGGGAGGAAUGAGAGGUGGGCGAGGUGGUGCACGAGGUGGCCGAGGUGGAUAUGGAGGAGGUGGUGGUGGUGGGGGUGGUAAUUGGGGUGGAUAUGGUGGAUAUGGAGGAGGCUAUGGUGCAAGUUCUGAUGGUUACAGUGGAGGGUAUGGUGGUGAUGGAGGAUCUGGUGGUUAUGGCGGAAGCAGCUAUGAUUAUGGCAGUGGUGGUGGUGGUUAUGGGAAUUAUGGAUAUGGAAGCACUGGGACUGGUGCUGGAGCUGGAGGAGCUGCUGCUCCCAGUGGGGGUUAUGGCGCUGGAGGAUAUGGAGCCGGAGGAGGUGGUGGAGGAGGAGGUGGGUACAGUGGUGGGUAUGGGAACUCCGGUGGGAGUUAUGGAGACAGUCAGGAUUACACUCAAGAUCCUAUGGAAGGAGACCACAAUGAGGAAUCCCAGAAUGGGAUGAUGACAGAAAUGAAUCACAAUGAAGAAGAUGGCAGUGACAGUCAGGCUUCUGCCAACACACCUGGGAAAGAUGAUGACAGAAAACUCUUUGUUGGUGGACUUUCAUGGCAGACUGGCGAGAGAGAGUUGAGGGAGUACUUUGGGAAGUAUGGUGAAGUGGACAGUGUGAAUGUGAAGACAGACCCCACGACGGGUAGAUCUCGAGGCUUUGCAUUUGUCGUCUUCAAGGAGCAGAAUGCAGUGGAGCAGGUCCUUGCGCAAAAUGGACACACCAUCAAUGGGAAGACAGUAGACCCCAAGCGAGCCAAAGCCAAGACAGGCAAGAUCUUUGUUGGUGGUCUCCCUUCUGAGCUCUCUGAUGAUGAGAUCAAGGCCCACUUUUCCCAGUUUGGCAAGAUUGUUGAAGUGGAAAUGCCAUUUGACAAGUUGAGAAACCAGCGAAAGGGAUUCUGUUUCAUUACCUAUGAAACAGAAGACAUUGUCAAGGAACUCAUCAAGACCCCUAAACAGACUCUUGGAGGAAAGGAGGUUGAUGUGAAGAGAGCAACACCCAAGGCAGACCCAUGGAAUCCAUGGGGAAUGGGAGGUCGAGGUGGAUUUGGUUUCCGUGGAAGGGGUGGACCCCCAGGGCGUGGAGGAAGAGGUGGCUGGGGGGGAGGUGGGUGGGGCGGAGGAUACGGCGGUGGAUAUGGAGGAGGAUAUGGUGGUGGAUAUGGUGGAUAUGGGGGAGGAUAUGACGGCUAUGGUGGCUAUGGUGGAUAUGGGGGAUAUGGUGGAGGAUACGACUACUAUGGGUGUGGAGGAGGAUAUGGGGAUGGUGGGUACGGAGGGGGUGGAUAUCGAGGUGGAGCUGGAGGUGGAAAGGCACCCCGGGGACGAGGGGGACCCCGGGCUCAACCAUAUUGAAAGUUCCUUCUAAGAAGGUUCCCUGGACCAGUGCCUCUAAUGGCAUACAGUAUAUCAUCUGUGAAUUUCCUUUUGUUCAACUCAGUUGAAGCGAGUUUGAUGAUUUUUUUUAGUGUCUUGUGAUGGACAAGAAGAUCAUGUGGACUUCUUAUCUGUGGUGUGUCCUUGGUCCUCGAAAUAAAAUUGUUUUCAUAGGUUUA